GAGCCACACGGCACACGCCUGGAGCAGAUCAUAUCUCAGCCGUCCUAGAAGUUCAGCAGAUGUCUGCGGCUGCUUUCACCAUAGACAGUAUGAGCACAGCCAUCUUGCUCCUGCUCCUGGCUCUCACCUGUGUGUUCCUGAUGCUCAGUUCAAGGGGCAAGAGCCAGCUGCCCCCAGGCCCUAGGCCUCUCCCACUCCUGGGAAACCUGCUGCAGCUGCGCUCCCAAGACAUGCUGACUUCUCUUACCAAGCUGAGCAAGGUCUAUGGCUCGGUGUACACAGUGUACCUGGGGCCCAGACGCGUAGUGGUCCUCAGCGGGUACCAAACCGUGAAGGAGGCCCUUGUGGACCAAGGGGACGAUUUUAGUGGCCGUGGUGACUACCCCACCUUUCUCAACUUCACUAAGGGCAAUGGCCUCGCCUUCUCCAAUGGGGACCGGUGGAAGGCCCUGAGGAGGUUCUCCAUCCAGAUUCUGCGGAACUUCGGGAUGGGUAAGAAGAGCAUCGAGGAGCGGAUCCUGGAGGAAGGCCGCUUCCUGCUGGCGGAGCUACGGAAAACUGAAGGCAAGCCCUUCGACCCCACGUUCGUGCUCAGCCGCUCAGUGUCGAACAUCAUCUGCUCUGUGAUCUUCGGCAGCCGCUUUGACUACGACGAUGAACGUCUGCUCACCAUUAUCCGCCUCAUCAAUGACAACUUCCAAAUCAUGAGCACCCCCUGGGGAGAGUUGUACAACGUCUUUCCAAGCGUCCUGGACUGGUUACCUGGGCCGCACCGACGCCUUUUCCGGAACUUCGGGCGCAUGAAGGACCUCAUCGCCCGCAGCGUCCGCGACCACCAGGACUCCCUCGACCCCGGCUCUCCCCGCGACUUCAUCGAUUGCUUCCUCAGCAAGAUGGCACAAGAGAAGCAAGACCCGCACAGCCACUUCCACAUGGAUACCCUGCUGAUGACCACGCAUAACCUGCUCUUUGGGGGCACCGAGACCGUGGGCACCACGCUGCGCCACGCCUUCCUUGUGCUCAUGAAGUACCCAAAAGUGCAAGCCCGCGUACAGGAGGAGAUCGACAGCGUUGUGGGACGGGAGCGGCUGCCGGCGCUGGAGGACCGAGCGGCCAUGCCUUAUACAGAUGCGGUGAUCCACGAGGUGCAGCGCUUCGCAGACGUCAUCCCCAUGAACUUGCCGCACCGCGUCACCCGGGACACAGCCUUUCGCGGCUUCCAGAUACCCAAGGGCACGGAUGUCAUCACCCUCCUUAAUACAGUCCACUAUGAUCCCAGCCAGUUCCUGACGCCCCAGGAAUUCAACCCUGAGCAUUUUCUGGAUGCCAAUCAGUCCUUCAAGAAGAGCCCUGCCUUCAUGCCCUUCUCAGCCGGUCGCCGAGUGUGCCUGGGCGAGUCGCUGGCGCGCAUGGAGCUCUUCCUCUACCUCACCGCCAUCCUACAGAACUUCUCGCUGCAGCCGCUGGGGGCGCCCGAGGACAUCGACCUGACGCCGCUCAGCUCCGGGCUCGGCAACUUACCGCGGCCUUUCCAGGUGUGCCUGCGCGCGCGCUGACGCCGCGGCCCUUCC